AUCAUGGCAUGGGAGAAUCAGACCUUCAACUACAACUUCAUCCUGCUGGGCAUCUUCGAUUACAGCCCCACCCACAUCUUCCUCUUCUCGCUGGUCCUGGGCAUCUUCUCAGUGGCCUUCAUGGGAAACACUGCCAUGAUUCUCCUCAUCUACCUGGACACACACCUCCACACCCCCAUGUACUUACUCCUCAGCCAGCUGUCCCUCAUGGACCUCAUGCUCAUCUGCACCACUGUCCCCAAGAUGGCCUCCAACUACUUGUCAGGCAGCAAGUCCAUCUCUGUGGCAGGUUGUGCCACACAAAUUUUCUUCUAUACCACACUCCUUAGUUGUGAAUGCUUCCUAUUGGCAGUCAUGGCUUACGACCGCUUUAUUGCCAUUUGCCACCCUCUAAGAUACCUCAGUCUCAUGAGCCCCAAAAUUUGUGGACUGAUGGCUGCCUCUUCCUGGAUCCUAGGGUCUACAGAUGGUGUAAUUGAUGCAGCAGCUACAUUUUCUUUCUCCUACUGUGGGUCCAGGGAGAUAGCCCACUUCUUUUGUGAUUUCCCGUCCCUGCUAAUCAUCUCAUGUAAUGACACAUCAAUAUUUGAAGAAGUUCUAUUCUACUGCUGCAUCCUAAUGAUUGUUUUCCCUGUAGCCAUCAUAAUUGCUUCCUAUGCUCGUGUUUUCCUGGCCGUCAUUCGCAUGGGAUCUGGGGAGGGCCGCCGCAAGGCUCUCGUCACCUGCUCCUCCCACCUCAUGGUGGUGGGAAUGUACUAUGGGACAGCUUUGUUCAUAUACAUACAGCCCACUUCGGAUCGCUUACCCACACAGAAUAAGAUGGCAUCUCUCUUCUACACCAUCCUCACCCCCAUGCUGAAUCCCCUCAUCUACAGCCUCCGCAACAAGGAAGUGGCCAGGGCGUUCAGGACGGUGCUGGGGAGGGGCAAGUCUGGAGAGCGAGCCCCCUGUUGGUCCCGAUGCUUUGACAUCUGUUAA